AUGAGGUAUCGAGGUGCGCAGUGGUUAUUAACAGGAGUGAGGAGAUAUAGUACGAGUAAUGACAGAAAUAUUGGUUUUCUCGGCCUUGGAAAUAUGGGUGGUUUCAUGGCUGCAAAUCUCGUUAAAAAGGGUUUCAAAGUUCGCGGCUAUGAUCCAUCUGCAGAAGCUAUGAAGAAAGCGGAUAAGAAUGGCGUCUUUGGAGCAAAUUCGGUUGCAGAGGCCAUCGACGGUGCCGACGUAGUGAUAUCCAUGCUGCCUGAUGACAAAGUUGUACUUGAGACCUAUCUCGGCAAGGACGGAGUUAUCGAGAGAACCCGUAAAGGAGCUUUGCUGAUCGAGUCCAGCACAGUGGCUCCGACUUUACCAAGGCAACUCUUUCCCCUAGCUCUCGAGAAAGGAAAAAGAUUUACAGACUCUCCUGUUUCUGGAGGUGUCAUGGGAGCUGAAAGAGGAACUUUAGCUAUUAUGUCUGGAGGCCACAAAGAAGAUUUUGAAAGAGCCCUUCCAAUCUUUAAAGCAAUGAGUACGAACCAGUUUUACUGCGGAGAUAUCGGCACCGGCAUUAUUGCCAAGCUUACCAAUAAUUUGAUAUUAUUCAUCAAUAGUCUAGCUGCCACUGAAUGUCUCAAUAUGGGCAUUUCGGCUGGAAUAGACCCAAAGCUUCUUCUUAAUAUUAUAAAUAGCUCUACUGGUCGGUCCUGGUUUACUGAGGAAUACUGUCCGGUUCCUGGCCUGAUCCCUACCGCCCCAUCUAGCAGAGAUUAUAAAAAUGGUUUCAAUAAUGACCUUAUGGUUAAGGACCUGGAACUUGCAUGUGGUAUGGCCUUGAACGUCCGAUCUCCAGUUCCUCUCGGUGUACUCACUGCCCAAGUGUACCGCAUUAUGCAAAUCCUCGGCUAUGGACAAAAGGAUUUCACCUACCUCUACCAAAUUAUGAGAGGCGAGGCUUCAAAACUUAAGAAUUAA